AUGGCGGCUGAGGCGCGGAAGAAGAUGAAUGCGUACGGUGGCUUUGGCAAUAUCGUUGGCAUGUCGGCCCUGGUUGGUGUCGGCUGUGUCUCCAUCUAUGCCCUCUACAAGUCUGUCUUCUUUGUGCCCGGCGGCUUCCGCGCCGUUAAAUUCAACAGCAUCACCGGCCUUUACAACCGCACCUACGGUGAAGGUGCCAACUUCGCGAUUCCGUUUUUAGAAACGCCUGUCGUCUUUGAUAUCCGCAACAAGCCUAUUGAAGUGCCUACGGCGAGCGGCAGCCGUGAUUUGCAGACGGUGAACAUGGCGGUGCGUGUGCUUUACCAACCCAACGUCGAGAAUCUGCACCAUAUUUACCGCCAUAUCGGCAUCAACUACGCUGAGACAGUUUUGCCCUCGCUCAUUAAUGAGAUCAUUCGCGCUGUUAUUGCGCAAUUUAACGCCUCUGACCUUCUCAUCAAGCGUCCUGAAGUGAGUCACCGCAUCGGUGUCAUGUUAGCUGAGAGGGCGAAGCGCUUCAACAUUGACAUCACUGACGUCUCGAUCACUCAGAUGAGCUUUGGAAAGGAGUACACUAACGCUGUGGAGGCAAAGCAGGUGGCGCAGCAGAUGGCUGAGCGGGCCAAGUUCCGAGUGGAGCAGGCAGAGCAAGAGAAGCAGGCGGCCAUUCUGCUGGCACAGGGUGAGGCUGAGGCCGCUACACUCGUUGGUAACGCAGUAAAGCGCAACCCCGCCUUCCUGGAGCUACGUGGGCUGGAGGCGGCUCGCACGAUUGCCAAAACGCUGCGUGAUCACGGCAACGGUCGCUACUAUCUCGAUAGUGACUCUCUUUAUGUCAACGUCAAGGACCUGAAAAUAGAUCAUUCCGGGACGAAGUAA